AUGACAGAACCUAUUUGUUUUGGAACUGUUUCGCCCGAAAGGAAACUCCCUUCUAUAUCAUUGGUGGAUCCUUUCGAUGAAGUGCCAAAACAGAUACCAGAUUCAGGCAUAAAUCAACAUGAAGGGGCACCAGAACCACUACUCCCAGAAGAUGCGAUGGCCUGGUUAGAUGAGUUUAUGGGCCAAAUCGGGAGCAAGAAAGAAGACUUUCUAGAGCCUAGCAAUUUUCAUAUCAACAUGACGUAUGUGUUAUCCGCCAUGUUUAGUGUCGAGCCUGAUCAGCCCGCCACUAUGGAAGGUGACUAUUUGACAGCGGAGCCAAUGAUAGCCAUCCGCCCAAACAUAUUGCUAGCCAACCAUCUUAAGCCAAUAUAUGUUGCAGUUCAUUUGGAGGGGGUGCCCUUCAAAAGGGUUUUGAUUGAUGGUGGAGCGGCUGUUAACAUACUACCAGCCAAGCAAAUGAAGAAGAUGGGGAGAGGUGUAAAAGAUCUCAUUCCCACGGACCUCACGGUUUCAAGCUUCUCGGGCGCUAUCACCAAAACUCAUGGGAUGUUGCCCUUAGAAGUGGACUUGGGAUCCAAACAAAUCAUGCUGGCGUUCUUUGUGGAUUACACUUCCACCUAUAGAGCAUUACUCGGAAGGGACUGGAUCCAUCAAAGUCUCGCCAUACCCUCCACUCUACAUCAGCAAGUUACUGUUUACCAUGAGGCAAGGACGGAGGGACCAGGCUUUUGGGAGAUGGUGGAGGCCGAAUCACGACCAUUUCUCCCUACAGCCAAUGUUGUAGAGGCAAGUUUCUACAAUCCCAAUUUAUGA